UGGCAUAUGUGUAUGGACACCUUUUGCUUAAUGAUGAAUUAACACCUGUGCAGCAGUAUCAGGUGUGACAGGACCACUUGUAGUCAGAUGCUCACCCAACACACACACACACACACCUGAGAGAUUAUCAGCACCUCUAAAGACCCUUGGGUUGUUAGUAACUACAUGUGUACCAUGUAACCUUGUUUGGCCUGUAACAUAAUCAGUCCUCAGGCACCUGACCCCAUUUCAUCUUAUGGCUUAUGUGCCAUUAUGCUUAUAAUUGUAGAAAAGUGCAUUAAGAAAUGAACUGCAAAUAUAUAGACUUAUAUACUUAUAUAUAAAUGUGUUGGAUAGAUAUAGAUAGAAUUACACCAUCAAGAACCUUGACCAAUCUCUAAGAGUAUAUUGUCAUCUCAUUGUAUAUUCUUUAUCACAUAAUGUAAAUAAUACAGAAAUUAGUAUACCUUUUAAAUAUAUAUUUAUAUGUAUAAAUCAUAUUUUAAAGCAUAACUGCUGGUAAAGGAGCCUUUUUAGAGCUCAGCCGAUGUUUAUAGCGAUGUUUGUGUGUAAGUCAUCAAUUACUGAGGAUAAAUCAUUUAGUUCGGGGUGCUGACCUAUCACGUCUCUAAAAGUUUAAUGUGACAAGCACCAGUACAUAUAAAUAACCUUUAGGAUCAAACAUAUCUAUUUACUCAAAAGCUCUUCUUUCAGGUAAGUCCACGUCUUCAGAGCAUGUUUAUAUACACAAAUGUCACGCUGUAGCUUGAAAACAUGACCAAUGAUAUUUAUUGACACAAUGCAGUUCAUUGUAAAUGAUUUUUUUAAAGAAAAUUAAUACAUUCAAAUUUUGUUGAGAUACACACAUUAUGCAUAAACACACAUUAGUAAACAUUUUAACAACCACAAUGUUUAUAUAUAUAUAUAUAUAUAUAUAUAUAUAUAUAUAUUCAUGAUUCACAAACUUAGCUAACAGAGUGUUGAUCAAUAAAACAAAACAUCAAUUAUGUGUAUUGUUUUCAUUUUCUCAAGUUACCCUCUAACGCAGAGAACUUUCUCUCUUUUAAUUACGACGAUCAUCAUCGCAUUUACACCUUUAUAUAACACUUUUAGUAUUUUUCCUUACAUUGUGAAUGUGUAAACAGAGAGGGCAAGAGGUGGGAAAAAGGUAGGCAGAGACAAAUGAUGGAUGGAAGAAGGGAGGAGUGUAAGGUAUGAUGGGAGGAGGACCAUGUAGGUAUAUAAGAUGCUGCUCAUCGUCUCCCGUCUUCACCAGCAUUCAUCUCUCCUCAAGGAACAGAAGAGCAACAACCUUCUAACAACAAGAAUGUCUAAUAUUCUCAACUCAGAGAAUGCCUCCACUCUGGAGAGCGCCAUGCAGCUGAUGAUCCAGACAUUCCACAAGUACUCUGGAAACGAGGGAGACAAAUAUACUCUUAGCAGGCAGGAACUCAAAGAGAUGCUAACGCAGGAACUGGGCAACUACCUUGGGAAUGCACAGGAUAAGGAUGCCGUAGAUAAAGUUAUGGGAGACCUGGAUUCAAACAACGACGGUGAGGUGGACUUCACGGAGUUCGUCAUCCUCGUUGGUGCCCUCACUGUCGCCUGCAACGACUUCUUCCUCGAGUAUCAUGAAAAGGAUGGAAAGAAGCCUGAAAAGAGUGAUUAGAGUUGCAUUUCUCUGAACAAAAGCCAACACAUGACCAGCGAAUGAUGAUGAGGGGGAAAUGAGGGGAGAAGGGGAAUAUGUGUGUGUGUGUGUGUGUGUAUGAAUCUUCCUUACUGAUAUGAUAUUUUACUGAUACUUUUUACUGAUAAGUUUCACAUCAUCUCCGCAUCCACAUCCUGCAUGCAUGCAAUCCUCGGUACACAAAAUUUUUUCACGAGGCACAUGUUUCCAGACCCCUGGACCUGUUAGAAGCAUUGGGAAUGAGAUUGUGACAUGGUCUUUGUUGAAUAUGUGAAUAUGUGUUUCUUCCUUUCUUUUGUUUUUUAACAAUUGGAGUUGUUUAUUUGAAAAUAAUCUCUCCAUAUAACAAUAAAGGGCAGAUUUGAAAUUAAA